UUUCCUGCAGUGAGGUCAUGCUUUGGUGCAGAUGUGGCGUUCUACUGGUUUUCUGCAUCUGUCUUAUAGCCUGUCUCAACAUGUCUUCUUGUCCUUCUGGCUGCUGCUGUCCUGGCCCAGGACUUUUGGUUCUGUGCGAGUCCCUCGGACUGCGCUCUCUCCCACGCUCUGUCCCUCUGAGCACCUCCGCUCUUUCUGUGGCGAGAAAUGAGUUAUGUAAUGUGGACCACAUACUGAGACCCUUCUCCAGCCUCCAGGAGCUCAGUCUCAGUCACAACCAGUUGGCCCGCGUUCCUCGUGGCCUGCCGCCAAGCUUGGAUACCCUGCUGCUGCAAGAAAACCGCAUCACUUACAUCACAACAGGAGCUCUGAGGCACCUCGGAAACCUUACUCGUCUGGAUCUGGAGGACAACCGCAUCCGUGUUGUCCAGCCUGGGGCACUCCGUGGCCUUAGCAAGCUUCAAGUUUUAACACUGAAGGGAAACAACCUCUCCAGCCUUCCUCUGAAUCUCCCCCCGUCACUCAUGCAUCUGGACGUCUCAGCUAACUGCAUCUCUGCAUUGGACCUGCCCUCACUGUCAGCACUUGUCAACUUGCAGAUCCUUAAAAUCAACAGUAACUGCCUGCGCUCGGUCCCAGACGAAGCCUUUGACAGCCUGCCACGUCUCAGAUCUGUUAACCUCUCCAACAACCUUUGGGUUUGUCAGUGUGAGAUUUUAUACCUUUACCGCUGGAUACUGAGUGGUAGAAUGAAGAUGGCGACGGACUUGGUGUGUACUGAGCCUGUCCAUCUCGCUAACCGUCUGCUUUUGAACCUCUCCAUCAUGACCAUCUGCCCUCAUGCGCUGAGGCCAAAUGAGAAAAUGCAACAACUGGACAUGGUGACAGAAAUACCAAUGAAUCAAAGCUGGUUUGAAAAUAGGACAGAGCGCUUGUCAAAUCCAACCACAGUUAGAGUCCUUUCUAAAGACGUUCCUGACAACCGUGUGCUGUAUGAACACUUUACCUUAGAGACUCUCACCUAUGAAGAAUGUUUACACUUGAAUAAAACACAAGCCCUAAAUCCAUCCAAAUUAAAAACAGCAACUCCUUUUCCCAAAGACGAUCAGAAGUGUAGAGACAACGUUACAGGUCAGAACCCUCAGCGUAAUGUCUCCACUGCUGCAGAGGCCCUUUCCCUGCUGUCUACAAACAGAGACGCAGUGAGACCAACUGCUAACCCACAAAUAUUUGCACCACAGAACUCUGCAGUAGUCGUCUCCCUGCUAGCACUGCUAUGUGUUUUAGUAAUUGUCUUAAUGACGGCAGUGAUAUUGGUGUUGAAAGUUAUUCUCAGGCAACAACAGAGGGUGGCGCCACUAGAAGCAGGUUCUAGUGGAUGA